GCGUGCUCUAGCGAUCGGCGGCAGGAUGUCUCGACUCCGCAACCAUCUAUGUCCGCGAAGGAGAAACUCAUUACUUACCAGAGGCGUCCGAGCGGUGGGUCAUCGGGAAAUGUUCUAAAGAAGAAGGUGCUCGACAAACCACCUUCCAGUCUUCCGGGAAGCUCGCGUGCCGGUAGAAGCUCGCGCUCGCGGGACACCUCCCAACGUCGAAUGGACGAGGAGUCAAGCGAGAAGACGGAGGACGAUGAACGGAUUCGCCGAUUGCAAUCCCAGUCACUAGCCACGCGAAGGUUCACCCAGGGCGAAGGCUCUUGCGAUGUGAAUGAAGAGCGGGAGGAUAGUAGAGGUGACGAAGCCCGGGCGAGGGGCAAUGGAGACGACAAUGAGAAUGAAGGAGAAUGUGGUGGUGGGCAGGACCACAUGGAUUGCGAAAAGGCAGCGGCAAGCGGCGGGGUGCUCGGUGGUAAUGUGGGUGGUUCGGAGAUGGAAGACCAGGAGAUGGAAGAUGAGGAAAUGGAAGACGAGGAAAUGAAAGACGAAGGACAAGAUGUCGAUGUUUCCGCGGAACUUACUUCGAAGGGGAGGGGAAAACGCACAGCGGAAUCGUCGCCGAAGCGAGCCGGGCCUAAGAAGCAGGCUCGAAGAAAAGCUGUGCAGGACGCUCGGCUCGCCUUGGAUGCAGCUGCUGGUACGCCUGGUGAAGCCGGUGUGGAAUCCAAAUCCAAAGCUCGGGUUCGCAAAACGCCGCAACCCAGGAAGCCUGUGCGGCCGUCGAGGCACUAGAAAUCGGAUGACUCGAGCGACUAUGCUGAAGGGGUGGCCCCUCGUUUGCUCUCCAUCCCUAACGACGACGAACCGGAGACGA